UGAGCAUCGUAUUCGAUUCUUUUUCCCUCAAAUUUUGAUUUCUAGGUUAAACCCCCCUUAUGGCCUAGAAAUUCGAUUUCUAGGGUUUAGGGUUUCCAGAUGGAUAGGGGCGAUGGGGAUCAGCACGAAAACAAGGGCGUCUUGGUCUCCAAAUUCGAUCCGUUGGUGGAAAAUUUCUUAGCUUCCAUGGAUUCAAUUAGAGAGCUCUGUGGAUUGCCUGACGAAGAGAGCUUUGAUGCCAGCGAGAUCGAGCGGUUCUCCUCAAUGAUCACCUUCUUGGAAGAAUGGGAGUAUUUUGCUUAUGAGCCGAAAACCAUCAGUUUUGCUUGUGAAAUUGGAGGUGGACAGUUUGAGGAGGAUAUUGGUGAGAUAACCUUGCCCCCGUUCUCAUCUGCAGCUGUUCCUAAGUUAGAGAAUCCACCCGGCGAAGCAAUGUCUUUGGAUAGUGAUUUUGUGUUGCACGCGGGGGGACUUGUUUGGGCUAUGGAUUGGUGUCCCAGGAACCAGGAGAAUUCUGGCAAUAAUCUUAAAUGUGAGUAUCUCGCUGUCACUGCCCACCCUCCUGCUCACACUGCUGGUUCUAUUUAUCACAAGAUUGGUGUCCCAUUGACUGGAAGAGGUAUCAUUCAAAUAUGGUGUCUUGUAAGUUUGGAAGAAAAUGCUGAAAUUUUGCAAGGGCCUCGAGAGAAACGAGGCAGAGGGAGACCUAAAGGUUCUUACGAAAACGGACCAUCAAAAGGAAAUGAGGAAUUGACCGUUCAAAGACCCAGAGAUAGGCCUGAAGAGAAAGUUGAAGGAAGAGGUAGAGGGAGACCUAAAGGUACUUGCAAAAACAGACCAUUAAAAGGAAAGGAGGAAUUGACCAUUCGGAGACCCAGAGGUAGGCCUAAAGGGUCUGGUAAGCGGUCUGGUAACAAGCAAUCACAUGCCGGUGAGAUCAACUUGAAUCAAGAAAUGGAUUUAGCCUCAUCUGGUGAUAAACUGGUGCCAAGAAUGAGCAAUUCGGGAGGAGCAAGUGCAUUGGAAACAUUAGUUCCGAAACGUAGGGGAAGACCUAGGAAGAAACUUGUCACAAGUCCAAGCGAGGAUGCUCCAGUGAGUAAAGAUAUUGUGGCGCUACCUGUUUCAGCUGAUUUGAAUGAAAAUAUUGAAACAUCUAUGCUCAAUUCUAGAGGGAGACUUGGAAAGAAACCAAUUUCAAGUGCAGAUGAAGGUGCCCAAGCCUUUGCUGUUGACCCUGGGAGAGAUGUAUCUGCUCCUUCCACUUCAAGUGGACUUGGGACUUACAGUGGAGGUAGAGAAGACUGUGAACACACUGUUCCAAUGGCAAAUGGACCUGAUGAUGGGGUCUUAAAGAAAAUGUGUAAGGGCCUCAACAGUUGUCCCGUGGCAAUAACAGAUGAUACUACUACACAGAGAAAGAAAAGAAGAGUAAAAGACAAGGAAUGUUUUGUCUCUCAUCUGAACAUUGAUCAGCAUUUAUCAGGUGAUGAACACAAGGAGUUUGCAGUGGUAGUGGCGCCAACAAAUGACGAGUUGAUCCUAAGCAAAGAAAUGACUGAGAGAUUCCAUAUUCCAAAUCAUACUGCUUUGCCCAAAGUUGUGUUUUGUCUUGCUCACAUGGGAGAAGUUGCAUGGGAUGUGAAAUGGAGACCUGUCAGCAGUAGUGAUCCGGUAGACAGGCACCGUCUUGGUUAUCUUGCUGUUUUGUUGGGAGAUGGUUCUCUGGAAGUGUGGGAAGUUCCUGAUCCUAGCAUGGUGAGGAUAUUUCAUAGUUCCAGUCACUCCAGUGGUACUGAUCCUCGGUUUUUGCAAGUGAAACCUAUAUUUAGAUGUUCAAAAGUGCUAUUUGGAGACAGGCAAAGUAUUCCUCUGACAUUGGAAUGGUCACCAUCAGCUCCUCAUGAUUUAAUUUUAGCUGGAUGCCAUGAUGGAACGGUUGCCUUAUGGAAAUUCUCUAAGCAACACUCAUCACAAGAUAUGAAGCCCUUGCUUUGCUUCAUUGCGGACUCUGUACCUAUUAGAUCUGUUUCUUGGGCUCCAGAUGAAAGCGACGCAGAGAGUGCAAAUUUAAUGGUGACUGCUGGACAUGAAGGUCUAAAGUUUUGGGACAUACGGGAUCCAUAUCGGCCUUUGUGGGAGUUUUAUCCUGUGCAAAGAUUUAUACUCAGUCUGGAGUGGUUAAAGGAUCCUAGAUGUCUCGUCAUGUCACUUGAUGAUGGAACUUUGAGGAUGCUUAGCUUGUGGAAAGUGGUAAAUGAUGUUCUGGUUACUGGAGAAGCCUCUAGCACAGUGAAACAGUCUGGACACCAUACCUACAAUUGUUCACAUUUUGCAAUUUGGAGUUGCCAAGUGUCACGAGCAACUGGUCUUGCUGCUUAUUGUACUGCAGAUGGCGCUGCCCGGUUCUUUAAGCUAACCGUGAAUGCUGUUGAAAAAGACUCAAGUCGGUACCGUCAGCCCCAUUUCCUUUGUGGUUCACUCGCCAGCGAUGGUAGAAUUUUGAAGAUCAAAUCCCAACUGUCUAAAGAUCCCUUGCCAAACAUGCCAUUGAAGAAAGUGCCAACUGGGAUGGGAGAUGUCGCCCUUUUCAGUUUUCUCUCUGAUCCGAAUCAAGCGAGAGGAGGAGAUAAUCAAACUCCUCCAAACGCGAACUCCAAAUCGAAACCCAGACACAACAAAAAUAGAUCUGGGAGCAAGGAAGCGGAUCCUGGCCAGGUACCGUGCCAAGAGUUAAUAACAGUGGAGACCACUGAGAAAACAGAAGAAGGAUCAGCACAAAAGAAUGAAGGAUUACCUCCCAAAGAUGUGGCACUACACAAAGUAAGAUGGAAUAUGAAUAAAGGAAGCGAGAGAUGGUUGUGUUAUGGUGGAGCUGCUGGAAUAAUUAGAUGCCAAAAAAUCUCAUUGGAUAUACCACAAUGAAGACAGAAUCAGAAGCGUAUACUACUAACAAUAGUGGGAGCCCCCACGAUAAGUUUUUUCGUGUUAAUAGAAGGUAAUCUGUAUCGUGAUUGGUCGCAUGUCAGUCUUGUUUAAGGAGAAUUGGCAAAAUGUAUUUAUAUGGUGCGGGGACGUUGCAAGUUCGAGCUCCAGAAAGAAGCAACAGGACGAACAAGUAGUCCUGUUAAAAGAGAAUUGAGUAUUAGUUAGUUAACAGCGGGCAGCGAGAAGCGCUUUGAAUAAUUAUUGGUGAUUAUUGUAGCAUUGUCAUGUUUAUUUUAAUCAGCUAUUAAUAAAUGGCCACUGAUGUUAGACGUACGAGACCUUGACGUAUGUAUGUUUAAACGUUGGACAUGAUAAAUGUAUAAACAUAGCUAAUCGUUUAUGAAUGCAUAGAUUUAUUCUUUGUA